AUGGCCGAAUUAGAACGUCCACGAAUACGUACAGAAAAGAAACAAGCCAAAGAAAGAACUGUAGAUGAUGAAGAAUCACAAUUAGAAAAUCGUAUACGUGAUUUAAAAGAAUAUUUUGCUGAAAGACAAAAUGAAACUACAGAUGAAACUGUUGACAAUAACAAUUUAAAUACAGAAGAAUCUUCAACUGAUAUUGAACAAAAUCAUGUACAUUCCGAACAUACAACGAAUUCAGAGAUAAACACAGAUGAAAGUCAUAUGAAAUCUGAUGAAACUACACAAGAUAUUGGGAUAAAUGAAUAUGAUCAAACUACAGUUACCGAACAAAUCAACGAACCAUCUAUAACAAUCAAUGAUAAUAACAACGAAACUGUCGAAGAUAGAACUACAUAUGAAUUAAAUGAAGAUCAAUCUGAAAUCAGAACAACUAGUGAUUUACCUGAAGAAAUAUCUUCAUCAAAUUUAAUUAAUUAUGAUAAUUCUGCUGUUCUUUAUCCUCAUUUAUCAUUAUGGUCUCCAGCUACAGCACCAUUACCAUCAUUUGAUAUUGAUACAAAUACAACAAUAAAUGAUCCAUAUUCAAUAGAAAAUUUUAAUCCAUCUCUUUUACAAUAUGAAUUACGUCAAACAUAUUUACCAUUUAUAAAUAUAACUGAUGAAUAUUUUCUUAGUGAACAUGAAAGUUUUAUAACAGAUAAUCCACGUCAUCGUUCAUUAAUAACAAAAGAUGAAAAUGAUUUAAAACAUUCUAAUGAUGAUGAUGAUGAAUUUUAUUUUUUAAUAUCAUCAUUUUAUGAUAUACGUACUAAAAUUGAUCAAUUAACAAAUGAAUAUGAUGUAUUACAACGAAAAAUUGCAUCUUUAUUACCACAUGUAUGGUCAUUUUCAUGUGAAAAAAUUGAAUCCGGUUCAUAUUGUGGCGAUAAUGUUUAUUUAAAACGUUCAAUAUUAUAUGAACAAGCAAAUUUUGAUCGAAAUUUAGCUAAAGAAAUUGAAGAUACAUUAAAAAAUUUACGUACAAUUAUAUAUCAACAAUAUGUUGCAUUAAAAUAUGAAACAUUAUGGUAUAAAAUGAAAAUUGAUAUAUAUAUUUAUAAUUUAAUAUCAUUAAAUAAAUCAACAAAAAAAUUAUUACAUGUAAUUGAAAUUUUAUUUAAUUUUCAACGUUAUCGUACACGUGAUACUUUAUUUUAUACAUAUACAAGACAAUUAUUAAAACAAACAAUUGAUAUUGUUUAUAAUUAUGGAAAUUAUAAUGAAACAUUAUUUAUUAUUAAUCAUGUACUUCGUUGUCCACCUGGUAUACAUCAAUGGGCAACAAAUUUUGUAAGAUUUUUAUUACCAACAUCAUUUGAUAUACUUUGUUCACCUAUGUAUAUACGUUAUGUUGCACAUUUUCUUGCUACACUCUUAUUUCCAAUUAAAAGUCGUGAUAUAUUUUUACAAAAUUGGUUAGGUGAAAAUGGUGAAACAGUACCACAAGUAUCAUCAUUGAAUACAAUCAAAAAUCAACAACAACAACAAUGGAUGUUAAUUGAUGCUGAUGGACAUGAACGUGCAGCAUUAUUAAGAUGGGAUACAUUAAAUGAAGAUGAUUUAAUUGCUUUAUUAAAUCAAUUUAAUUUAAAUUAUUUAAUGAAUAUACUUUUUAGUUUAAAUGAUCAAACAAAUCAAAAUCAACAAAAUAUAUCUUAUGAAAAUACUGUACGAAUAUUAGCAAUAUUAGAUUUAUUUGUUGAAAUACUUUGUCGUGGUUUUGAUACAUAUGCUGAUUCACAAUAUAAAAAUUUUCAUAAACAUAUUGGAAAAAUGAUUAGAGAUUGUGUUCAUGUAUGUCGAUAUCAUGUCGAUUGUGUACUUCAACAUUUAGAUAAUGAUGAUAAAAUUCGUUUAAGAGAUCAUUAUUUUGCUUAUAUCUAUCGAUCAGUUGAAAAUAUAAUUCGACAAUGCAGAAAUGUUCGUUGGAGUUUAUUAUCAUUAUUUGCACUUUUUGAUCUUCCACAAUCAUUACAAUAUCGUUUACUUCAUCUUAUUUGUUCAAUACCAGAUGAUGAACAAAUAACAAUUGACACAAGUACAGCUAUCGAUUCAAUGUUAAAUUCAGCAACACCAAGUGAAAUUUUAUCACUUCUUAAAGUUCUUCAUAAUUUAGGACAAACAGGUGAUGAAUCUGGUCAAAUAUCAAAUGUUAUUUUUUAUAUUACGUGUCUUCAUCCAAUAUCACGUGAAUAUUCAUUACGUGAUGGUCGUUCAAUUUUAGCACAUUUUGCUUCAUUACGACCAACAAUAAUAAGUCAUUUAGUAAAAUUAGCAUCAACACAUAUUGAUGCUGUUGGAAAAGUUUUAUUUGGAUUAUUUCGUUCAUUACCAAUGGAUAUAUGGAUGCCAAAUGAUAGUGAUUUAUCAAUAAUUGAAAAAUGGCUUAAUGAUAUAUCACAAUCAACAAUUGCAUUUCAAUUAGCAUUGCAUUUAAUUGAUACAAUGAAUUGGCAAGAUUUACCUGAUAAACGACAACUUUGUAUAUCAUAUACAAUACAUUGUGAAAUGGCAUUUAUAUUAUUAAAAUUACAUUUAAAAUAUUGUGAUAAAUCAUCUGCAUCAAAAGAAAAUCAAUUACAACUUCAAAAUUUUACAAAACAAACACAAAUUAAUCUUGAUCAAUGGAUAUGGACAGCUGUGUUACGUUUACAACUUAAUCAAUCUUGUCUUUCAAUAGAUUCAUUUAUUGAUAGUAUGAAUCAAGAACAUAUACCUAAUUUAAAUGAAACUCGACAUAAUUUUUCAACUGAUAACGGAAUGUCAGAUGAAGCUAUUAAUGAUAUUCGACGUGCUAUUGAACAGUAUCAUAAUCUAAUUGCAUAUUAUAUAUCAUUCGGUCUUGAUCAACCGGGUGCUAGUGCUGCUGGUUUCUUUGAAAGAGGCAUUGAAUAUUUAUCUCAACUAGUACAAAAUGGCAAAUAUUCUGCAGCUAUUCGAGUUCUUCAUGAUAUGUCUGGAAUGUUAAUACGUAGUGCCGAUUAUUUAAUUGAACAUGUUCAAUUUAUGACUACAUUAAAAACAUUAUUAAAUGCAUCGGAUACAUCAAUGUCUUUAUUAAAAACAGCAUCAUCAUAUAUUAUUCAACAAAGAUCCUAUGAUGAAACAACAAAUACAAAAUUAUUAACAGCUGCUAUACUUGAUUUACUUAUAUGGCUUGAAGAUAAUCCAAAAUUUCGACGUUUAGUUUUAUUACUUUGGUUUAAAUUAUUAACUGCAUUAAAAGAUUGGAAUAAAGAUAGUUCAAUUCUAUUUGCUCUUGAUAAUCUUCUCACACAUUCAUUUGUACAUGAUGUCAUGAAUAAAGAAGUUACUGAUCAUUUAUUUGAAUUAGCUGUCUCAGCAUUAAAUCCAAGACAAAAUCAACAAGUAACACGUUCAGGUUUUCUAUCUUGGAUACCAUUACCAUCAGCUGUAACUUCAACUCAAACAUAUUGGUCAUCAUUAUCAAUUGAUUCUUUACUUCUAUCUCGUUAUCCUAUUGUUAGUUAUUAUUUUUUAAAUGCUGAAAACUCAUUUGAAAUUGAUCAAAAUGUUCUUAUUGAAUUAAAAGCUGAACUUGAAUUAAAUCCAACUGGUAAAGUUGAUCAAAUUUGGAAGAAACUAAUUCAACAACGUCAUUAUCCAUAUAUUCCAUUAACAAGUUUAUCAAUUUAUCGUUGGGGUACAAUGGCAUGUGAGAUGCCAGUAACACAUCCAUUAUUACCACUUGUUUGGGAAAAAUUUUUUACAAUUUAUUUAUCUAAACAUGAUAAUUGUCUUCAUCGUGUUGGUUAUCGUUUAUUUGAAAAUCCAAUUCAAACAACAUUUCUUAAACAAAUGAAACGUUCAUUAUGUCAAGCAUGUGAAUAUUAUUCAUCAACACCAAAUUUAUCAUACGCUAAUCAAUUAUCAACAUUUUAUCAUUCAUUAUCAUUAUGGAUUGAUGAACCACGUUUACAUGAUCCACAAUUAAAUAUUAUUUCAUUACCAAAACAAUAUGAUAAUGAACGUUUAGAACAUUUAUUUAAUGCUGAUUAUCGUAUAUUUGAUAUAAAAUGGCUUGAAUUAGUUGAUUUAAGACAAAUGUAUGAAACAUUAAUUAAAUUUACAAAUGAAUUAUGGUCAAGAAAACGAACAAUUAAUAAUAAUAAUAAUAAUAAUGGACGUUCAAAUACAAAUCAACAACGAUCAAUAAUGACAUCAUCACAAAAAUUAAUUGAUCUUGUUUCAAAUGUUCAACGUCCAACAAUGAAUUCGAAAAUAUCUGUAACCAAUACAGAACAACUAUCUAUACCUAAUCAACAUAUAUUACCAAAUGAUUAUAAUGAAAUAAAAAAUUUAUUUGAAUCUGAUUUAACUAAAAUAAUUAAUUGGUUAGAAACACAUUGUCAACGAUAUGAAAAACAAAUUGAACUUGAUCAAACACUAAUGAGUUUAUUACCUUUAUUAUGGAAAAAUGAAUUUCAAGAACAAUCAAUUCAAGCUUCGUGUCAAAAUGUUUUAAAUCCUGUUCAUCAAUGUACACGUCCAGCAUAUAUAAUUGUUCGUUAUAAAUCAAAGCAACAAUGUCAAAAUUCGAAUCAACGUCUUGAAAUAAUCUUAAAUGAACAUAAACAAUUAUUAACUGAUGCAUGUCGUUCAUGUGAUAUUGAUAUUUGUCGUUCAAUUGAUUUACUUAUACACAUUGUACAAUAUUUAACACGACAAUUAUCAUCAACAUUUUUAAAUGAAAAUCAAACAUUAAAAAUAAUUGAAAUUGGUACACAAUUAUUUUAUUCACUAUUAUUAGUUCAUAAUGAUAAAUAUAGUGAAUAUAUGCAACCAUUAUCGGAACAAUUAAAUUCAUUAUAUGAUACACUUGGUGAAAUAUUUGUUAAAUCAGAUCCUCGUCAACCACAAAUUAUAUUAGAAUAUAUAGUUUUUAAUCGUCCAAAUAUAUCACGUCUUAUGCCAUAUUUUAAUCCAAAUUCAUUACUUGAAUCGGAAAAAUUUAUUGAUAUUUAUAAAAAAUUAUCAAAAAUGUUUACAUUUGUUGAAUAUAAACUAUAUUUAUUACAAAUGUUUAGAAAAUUUAAUGUUAAUCAAUGGUUUGAAAAUGCAUCAAAUUCAAAUCGACGUUUAACAUUUAUUGAUACAUUAUUUAAUCAUUAUCGUUCAUUAAUUGAAAAUUAUGCAUUAGCUUCAAAACGUGAUAAUCCACCAGGUUAUGAUGAAUUACCAUUAAUUGAACAAACAAAUCAAUUAUAUGAUGUAUCAAUAGGUCAUAUGAUACAAAUAUUAAAUUAUUCAUAUCCAUCACAAAUUGGUUUUUUAUUUCGUUAUAUUGUUGAAAGUAUACAAAUCAUGAGAAAAAAACAAAAAAUCAUACAACAACAACAAAAUACUUCGAUAGGACCAUUAGAAUUCCAACAAUCAAUUGAACGUGGACUUUUACCGACAAAAAUUUUAUCUGAAUUUCUUGAUCAAGUUAAUUAUUUAGAAAAUACUUCAACGAUUAAACUUGGAAAACAACAAAUUGAUGAAAUGCUUAAUUGGUUACAUACAUUUGUACUUUCACAAAUUGAUGAAAAAAAUGAUAAACGUUUAAUUCAAUUAUAUCAAUCAUGGCGACCAUGUUUAAAUGAAUUAACUCGUAUUUAUUCAAUAAUGGUAAUUUUAAAUAUUCAAAAAUGUCGAAUUCAUCAUGAUAUGAAUAUAUCUCAAAUAUUUGAACAAAUUUUCUUACUUUAUGGUCCAUUUAUUGAUCCAACAUAUUCAUUAUUUUCAUUAGCUGAAUGGAAAAUAAUAAUCGAUCAUCAUGGUGAUAUGUUAACACGUAUGAUAAAAACAUUUAUACAAUUAUCUGAAGAAUUAUUUCAAUAUAUAAAUGAAUCAUAUAAUUAUCAACAAGAAUUUUUUCAUUGUUUAUUUCAAUAUUGGUAUAAAAUUGUUAAAUAUUUAAUAACAAAUGAAUAUACACAUUCAAUACUUGAUAUUUAUCAUCGAUAUUUACCACGUAUACCAUGGACUAAUUAUCGAUUAACAAUUGAAUGUUUAUUAAUAUUUGAUGAAUUAAUUAAUGCAAAUAAUUCUGAAAAUAUUCCAUCAACAUCAUUAUAUGAAUUUAUUAUUUAUAUUUUAUCAUCAAUUGAUAUACAUUCAUGGAUGAUUGAAAAUGAUGAAAAAUUAAUUAUGUCAUUAGUACCGAGUCAUUUUCGUUUAUUAAUUAAUAUUUUUUUAAGUCCCCAAGCAAAAUAUACACAAAAUAAUGAUAAUUUAAGUCGUUUAGCAACUCAAUGUGAAUUAAUUAAUUGGAGUUAUUUAGAUUUUGAUACAUAUAUUAAUGUUCUUAAUUCAAUUAUGUCAAAACUUGAUCAUGAUUUUAUUCUUGCACCACGAGCUUCGAUUAAUGGAUAUUUAAAUAGAAUUCUUCGUUGUGCUUCUGAAUUUAAUUCUUCAUCAGUUGGUACUGAUCGAAUACAUUUUAAACGUUUAUGUUAUCUUCGUUUAAUUGAACAAUGUUUAAUUAAUGCUAAAAAUCAACAUAAUGACGAUGAUUAUCGUUUAACAUUAAUUAAUUUACUUAAUGAUAUUGAAUCAUUAGCAUUACAAGGAAAAUUUUCAAUGAAUGAUGAACUUGUUGAUAUAUUUAUUGAAUUAAUACGUUUUCUUAAUAUAAAUUCAUUUGGACAAACAAUAUUAAAUUCAUAUCAAAAUUAUUUUCUUGAUUGGAUACGUCAUAGUCAAAAUUCUAUAACAAUGUUACCAUUAUUUAUUAGUAUAUGUCGAACAUUAAAAGAUCGUAAUAGAAAAAUAUUAUUUAUUGAAUCUAUUCUUUAUAUUUAUUUUUUUUAUGAUCAAGAACAUAAUUGGUCAAUUAUAUUUAAUUUAUUUCAACAAAAUGAAGAUUUAAUAAAUUUUAAAAUUGAUGAUUAUAUUCAAAUAUGUUGUGAACAUAGUGCUUGUUUAGCAUUAUAUCUUAUUUCAGAAUAUGAAUUAAUAUAUAAUAAACAAUUAAAUAAUGAUAACAUAUUAUCUGAUGAAUUUCGAUAUCUUGAAAAAUUAAUUGAUUUAUUUACAAAUGGAAAAUUACGUAUUAAAUAUGGUGAAGAAGAACGUAUUUUAUUAAUAAUGAUUAAAAUAAAUCAAAUAAUUAAACAUCAAUUAAAUUAUGGAAGAAGUAAUGAUAUUUUAUUAGUACGUUUAAUAAGAAAUUAUGCUAAUUGGCUUUUGACACUUGGAACAGAUAAUAAAGAUAAUACGUAUGGUGGAAUAUUUGCUAUGAUUGGAAUUGGAAAAAAAAUUCAAUAUUCUCUCAGGUUUCGUUUAUUUAUUAAAUUAGUUGGUAUAAUGCAAUUACAACAAAUAACAGAUGAACCAUUUAAAAUUCGUAUUGAUUCAAAUGAUCGUCAUCCAGAUCUUUCAUCAACAAAUAAUGCAAUACUUAAACAAAAUUUAACAAAUUUAUCUUUAUCAACGACAAUAAAUGAAUACAGUGAUUUCAAAAGCGAACUUACUUAUUGUAACAGUGAAUAUUUACAACGUACUGAUGUAACUUUUUUUCAUGUUUCGGAUUUAAUUCAUUAUUUAUGUACACAUCUAUUUGCUGAUCUGCCAUAUUUAACAUAUGUAUCUAGCCAUGACUCACAAUGA